GCGACCUUACUGCAUCCACAGUUUUUUUUGUCGCAAAACUUAAGUAUCUUGAAAUUAAGAAAUCCGCUGAAUUGCAAGGCACCGAAAUUCGCGACGCGAACGCAUGGAGAACGGAGUGGAACACGGUGUCGAGGAGGCCGGCGAGAACCAGGUGGUGAGCAGCUCCGACGGCGAGGGCGACGGUGAUGUGGAGGGUGAGGAGGAGGGGGAGGUGCUGCAGCCGCCGCCGCCGCAAAUAACAAACGAUUGCGAAGGGGUGGCGGCGGGGGAGGAAGAGCGGGCAGGAGUGACGACAGAGGGAAUAGAUGCCACUCCUCCGGAGGAAGUGCAUCCACCCAUCGAGGGAGCAGCACCGGCGGCCAUGCUGGAGGACAACCUGUGCGACAAGGACGUAGAUAGCGAUGCUGGCGACGAGGACAACGAUGAUGAGACCAAGGAGAACUACGAGGGCUUCAAUGGCACCGGACGCACUGUUACCCUGCAAACCCUAAUGGCCGCCAAUGUGCUCCAACCGGGCCUCGGACUGAUGACCAUCGAGUAUUUGGGCCAAAAGUUCGUCGGCGAUCUGCUGGCCGACGGCAAGAUCAAAUCCCAUGAGACUGAGACCAUAUUCCUCACGCCCAGCGCCUGGGCGAUGCACUGCAAGCGGAUCAUCAAUCCGGAGAAGAAGAGCGGCUGCGGCUGGGCCUCGGUCAAGUACAAGGGCAAGAAGCUGGACGCCUACAAGAACACCUAUCUGCGCAAGUGCGCCCUGCAAAAGGAGACGCCGCUGGACGACGGUGACCUGGAUGCCGAACGCAAAUCCGACUCCCCGGAGAUUGUCGUCAAGCGAACCGUUUUCGCACAUAACACCGUUUCGAAUCGCAAUGUAGUUCAUGACGCCAACAUGUUAAUCGAAUCGGUGCCGUUUACUUCGGUGGGCAAACUGCAGCCCUUUCUCAUCACAGUCAACUCCUCUGCCCUUCUGCUGGCCGACUUCCAUUGCCAUUUGACGGUGCGCGAGGUGUGCGGCUAUCUGGGUGGCACCUGGGACAUGAACACACACACUCUAUCCAUCACAAAGACAUAUCCUUGUCGCAGCACGCGCUUCGAUCGGCAGCGAUCCGGCGAAGUGGAGCGCGACAUACAGAAGAUGAUGAUCCAGGAUCAGCUGCUGUUGGUCGGAUGGUAUCACUCGCAUCCCAAGUUCCAGGCGGAACCCACGCUGCGCGACUGCGACUCGCAGUUGGACUAUCAGAUUCGAAUGCGCGGCGCCAGCGAUCUCACCUACACGCCCUGUGUCUCCUUGAUUAUCUCUCCUUACUAUGAUGAGAACCCCACUUUGGAGUCGGUGGUCAAGUGCAUUUGGAUCGUGCCGCCCAAUGAGAACAGGCAAUCGAUGGAGUACGGCCGGCCCAUGCUGAUGCAGUAUUCGGUGCUGCCGGACAAGGAGAUUCCCGAGGAGGUGCGCUCCGAGAUCCAGCUGUGCGUGGACUACUACUCGCAGUACCGCGGCGAGGUGGUCAAGUUCCGGAACAUCUACAACAACGAGGUGACCUACAACGAGAAGCUGAAGAACACGCUCUACCCGAAGUUUCCCUCCAAACAGAGCGACAAGGCCUUGUGGAAUUGGAUAUGCGCUGUUCUCGACUGCGAGCAGGAGGAUGACUUUAUUCCACCGAAAACCAUAAAGAUCAUCGACAAUGAUGAGCUGGAAGUAAAGGAGGAGGACAAACCUGUUAACCUAAUGGAUCUUAGCAGUGAUGUUAAGCUAAAUCCGCCCAAGGAGGAGCUAUUCAGUGAGACAAUCAGCACGCUGGAGGACAAUGCGCGCAAGGCAGAGGAGGAAACCAACGCCCAGGCGGAGCAAAAAGCAAGUGAGCUCAAGGUGAUGUCGCUACAGGAGCAGCUCUGCAUGCCCUCCGGUCUUAAUAUGAACCCUGUGCGAAUGCUUUCGCCUCUGGCCACUCCGAAUCCCACGAGUCAUCCGUCGGUGCUGCCCAAUUUGGUGGCACCCACCAGUCAGCUGCUUCCACCGCAAAUUCCCGCAGCUGCCACCGCGCCACCAGUUGCCACGACUUCUGCUCUGACCUCCGCUUUGAGUGCCUCGCCUCGGGACAGUCCCAUCACCAUUCAAUCGAACGCCGCCAGUCCCGCCAAGUUUGAGGUUCCAGUGAGGGCGUCUCCAUCGCCCGCCAAGUCGGACGCCUCGUCGCAUGCCUCCACCUCCCGCACCCGCAAUUCCCCGGCGCCCAGUCCGGGAAAGUUCAGCGUAAGCGAUAUUGCUCGCAAUAGUCCCAGCAUCACGCCGAAUAAAUACGAGGCGGCUGCGGCUGCUCUGGUUCCUCCGGCGGCCGCUUGCCUGCCCACGGCCAACGAUCUGAUGGCCGCCAGUUUGGCUCAGCUGGCGGGGCAGCUUCCCCCGAACUUCCUGCAAGGCGAUUUGGCCGCACUCUUCCAGCAGCAACGCAAGGAUUAUGGCAGCUCUUCGCUUAAUCAACUGGCAGCGGCAGCAGCUAAGGUGGGUGGCUCCAAGCAGGGCAAUGCCACAGCUUCCUCUGGGCUGAGUGAUCCCAAUGUGGCGGCGGCAGUGGCUGCCUACUCGAAUAGCUUCAAUAUGCCGCUGCCCACGGGAAACAGCAAUGCCCACAGCAGUAGCAAGUCGAAAUCGGAGCGAUCAUCCAAGUCCUCCUCCUCUUCUUCCUCCUCGAACUCCAGCUCAACCUCCAAUUCGUACAAAACGAAAUUGAUGAAGGAGCUGGACGAACUAAAGAACGAUCCGCUGAAGAUGAGCGAGCUCAUCCGUUCGCCGGAAUAUGCUGCCUUGCUUCUCCAGCAAGCGGAAGCCCUGGGUGCCACCACACUGGGCACUUUGGGUUUUGGAUCCGACUACAGCUAUCUUACGGGAGCGGGAUUGGGAGUGCCGCCUGCUAAUCAACCCUCAAACUCGUCGUCUGGCAAGUCCUCGAAAUCUUCGCCAGCGGCUGCUGCGGCCGCUGCCCUGAGUGCCGACUAUAACAACCUAAUCCAGGCAUCCAAGCUGCUCGGCUACGACUCCUACAUGCAACAGAGCAAGCAGAGCAACGACCUCAAUGCGUUCCUGCAGCAACAGAUGGCUGCGGUGGCAGCCGCAUCAAUUCCACCGCCUGCGCAGACUUCCUCCAGUGGCAGUUCCAACAGCAGUUCAUCCAAGAAGCAGCAGCAGCAACAGCAGUUGCAGCAGCAUCAUCAGCAACAGCAGCAACAGCAACAGCAGCAACAGGCAGCUGCACAGGCUGAUUACACGGCAUUAUUGCAGACCUACACCAAGUUGUUCGACCCGAAUAACCAAUUUGCGGCGGCAAUGUCGUCCAACAAGCACAUGGCAGGCGCCCACAACGAGCUCUCCGCCCUUCUCUCUUCGGGUGUGGGCGUGGCAGGAGGUGGCGGCGGCGGAGGAGGAUCGAAGCAAAAGCAGAAAGACAUACAGAGCGAUAUGCUAAAUCAGUUGCUGCAGCUGGAGAAGCAGGAUUCGGAGAUAAAGGCAUUGCUGUAUCGCCAAAAUAAAGCGGCCGCCGAUUUGGACGCCCUCUUUGCCACGCCCUCAGGCGCAGUUGUGGGAGCAGCUGGGUCCUCGGCGAAUGCCAUGAAGUCGGGCAGCUCCGGAAAUGCCGGUGUUUCCGGUAUUUCAUCGCCCUCUUCGCUAACCAACCAAGCCGCUUACUAUAAUGCCUUGGCGCAGGAGAAAAUGCAGGAUUAUGCUGCCUUCUUUCAGCAGCAACAUGGCAAAUACGGCAUCCCAGAUCCGUUGUCGAAAACCACACUGGCUGCUAAUAACAUGUUCAUGACUCCAUCGGCUUUGUUCAAGAUCCAGCAGGAAUCCCUGUCGGCCAUGAUGAUGAAGCCACCGAAAUCCACGACGCCUUCAUCGGCACGCACACGGGAAUCAUCGGCCUCACCGGCUUUGGAGCGACUAACGCCCACCAAGUCGGCAAAUAGUGGAGGAAGCGGCGGCGGCGGAGGCAGCAACUCCAAUUCGGGCGGCAAGUACAACUUUAGUGCCGUCGAUCUGGCCAUCUCGAGUGUGCCCUCAAACACACCAUCGCCGUCGCCGUCGGACGGAAGCAGUGGCUCCUCGCAUCGACGUCCUUCGCCGGACUUGAGCCGCCUCUACGGAGAGCUGGCACCGCCGGGAGGACUUGGAGUGCCCAAGAAGCGCAUGGAGUUCGCCUCGGUGGCGGACCUGGCUGCUCCGCCGCCGGCCAAGAUGCCCAAGAACAGCAUGGGCGACGAUAUCCUCAACCUGUCGCACGACUAGAAUCAGUCGCAGUAUUUUCCCCAACAGUAUAUACUCCCAUACGUAAUGCCGCGUAGCAUCCAUUAACAUACCAGUGUCCGUCAUUUUAAUCGUGCCCAUCCAGUAUCUUUCGGGACAAAUAUUUGAUUUUAUAUUUUCCUUAUUCCUCAUUUAAGUUUACCUCUUGCUAAGUGUAAAGUUCGUAGAUCAGAAAUCUAUAUCUGAUUGCUUGCAAUUUACAAACAUUUAUUUUUCACAAAAAAUUCAAGUUUUUAUUAUUUUCCACAACCCAGAUAUGCCGUGCAUAUCUCAAUCGAAGUAAUCUUUAUGAGCAUUAAAGAUUUCGCCAGUCCUACGAGUGAAUCUCCGCUUUUACUCACCUCACGAGCGCUGUAUGUCCUUAAACGUUUAAUUUAAUGUACUCGUACUAAUUUAGGUUUAAUUACCGCAUAAAAGUACUUUAAGUAUUUUAAUAUACAGACAGCGCACACAUCAACUGUAUUGUAUUGCCUACCGUAUUAACUAUAACUUUGAAUCUUUGCCGCAAUAAAUUAAACGACUAGUUACUUAGUUUACAAAA